UAUGAUUGGUUGGCGUCGGACCGGGUUUCCGGAGGGUGCCUAGCAGCAGGGUGGUGGCGGUCGCUGAAGAACACAAAAAUGGCAGGUCGCAGAGCUGCUCUGAAAGCGAUUGACUGGAUGGCAUUUGUAGAGAGAGUGCCUCCCAAUCAGAAAGCUAUGUUUAAUGCCCUGAAAACACGCAGCGAUGCUCUUUCAGCCAAGUUGACCUCCUUGCCAGAAAAGCCCCCGGCUAUUGAUUGGGUUUAUUACAAGACUGCAGUUGCUAAGGCUGGCAUGGUGGAUGAGUUUGAAAAGAAGUACAAUGCACUAAAGGUUCCUGAGCCUGUGGACACACAAACAGACAAGAUACAUGCCCAGGAGCAGGAAGCUGCUAAGAGUGCUGCUGAAUAUGUACAAGCCUCUAAAUCCCGUAUUGUCCAGUACGAGAAACAGCUUGAGAAGUUCAAAACCAUGAUUCCAUUUGAUCAGAUGACAGUUGAGGACUUGAAUGAGGUCUUCCCUGAAACCAAACUGGACAAGGAGAAGUAUCCAUACUGGCCACACAAACCUAUUGAAGACCUGUAAAUCUGUCUGAAAGCAGUUUCUGGUAACUGUCAAAUUCUCUAGAAUCUUUUAAAUAAAGUAAUUGUACGGGGC